AUGGGCUUCAAAAAAGAGGAAAAUGUAGAAGAGAAACUCUUCACACUGAUUAGUGUGUUCUGUUUGGCUUGCAGAUUGAUGUGCAUGUGGAGAAGCAUGUAUGAGUGCCACCAGGUCCAAAUGCACAUAGUUCAGCAGCUCAAAUACCUCAAUACCAUUCCAUCUACUGACCCUACAUCUGAAAUUCAUCGGCAAUCAACACUCCAACUUGAGCUUGAAGUUCAGCAAUGGCACCUCUCUUUUUGCAACUUGGUGAAGGCUCAACGGGACUACAUUCAGUCCCUCACUGGCUGGCUCCGGCUUAGCCUAUUUCAGUUCAGCAAUAAGCCGGUAUCAAAAAACCAACAAGAUGCUGCAAUAUACUCCCUUUGUGAAGAAUGGCACCUUGCGGUCACCAAUGCUCCGGACAAAGUAGCAUCCGAGGGAAUCAAGAACUUCUUAAUGGGUAUCCAUGCCAUUGUAAUACAACAAGGAGAAGAGCAAAAGCAAAAGAAAAAGUCUGAAAUGGCAUUUAAAGAUCUUGAGAAGAAAGUGGUUGAGCUCAGAUCGCUGGAGUGCAAGUAUGGCCCGUUUUCAUUACCUGAAGCAUCUAGCAGUACAAGAAGCAAGGACCCAGUAGGCGAGAAGCGAGCAAAGGUGGGUAUUUUGAGGGCAAAGGCGGAGGACGAGAAGGCUAAGUAUGACAAGUCAAUCAGUGUAACAAGGUCAAAGACGCUGAACAAUCUACAGAUAGGGUUACCUCAUGUCUUUCAGGCAGUGACCGGUUAUGCCAAUGUAUGCACUAAUGCAUUUGAGUCUGUGUACAACCAAGGCAAAAGUACUGAUGUGGUACACGAUGUGAAGCAUCUAUUUGAGCUGGAGACUGUGAAGAAUGCAAAAGAGAUGAUUUACCUAAUAGGAGUACCAUUGGGGCCCUUUGUAAGGAAUCAUGCUGAUCGGCUGCCGGAGGUAGAAGCCAGUAGAACUCACUGGGGGCAAUAUUUUCAUCUGGUACAGCAGUGGUAG